UGAACUCCAUAUAGGCGGGGUGCGCGCGCGCGUGUGUGUGUUUCAGAAUGUCGGUGGGGUGCGCGCAGAGCCGGCACUCCGGGGUUCUCCUUUCCUGGGCUGGCUCCGGGGCCACCCCGCUCGCGCUUCGGAAGGCCCUUCGGCUCCCUGCUCAGCAACGGGGCGUCGUGAGGCCGGGCGCUGCGCGGGCGGCCGUGCGGAGCGCCUGGCUCCCUUCCUGGCGGCGGCCCCAGCGCGGGAGCCCAGCCCAGCCCAGCCCCCCGCUCGGAAGAGGGCGAGGAGGCAGCGCGCGGGCGGGCGGGCGCCGCCGAGGCCAGGAGGACACCCAGCCGGGGCCGUCUGCCCGGGCUGCCCCUCCGGCGGCUGGCGGCGCUGCGCGGCGAGGGCUCGGCGAGGGGGCGGCCCUCUCUGCUCGCUUCCUCUCCUCGGCGUCGGUUCCAGCCACCACCCAGGAAGUGGCCUCCUCGCUCCUUCUCCGCCCGGCCCGGCCCCAGACUGGAGCGCGGCGGCGGCGGCGGCGGCAUCUUGGAGCGAGGCCCGACUGCUCACCCACGCCAGGCUGAUUUACGGGCUUUUAAAGAUUGCUUCUCCUUGCUCUGGCACUGCGCUCCAGGGUCAUCCAAACACAGGGGACUGGAGGAAGUGGAUGCCAGUUACUCUUAGGUCUGAGCAGCCACCUUGCAUCAUGCGCUUCCCUGGGCCCCGCCAUGGCCGCCUUGCUCUGCACCCAGACGCCGCUCUGUGGCUCUAGCUGCGACUCCACCCAGAGGACGAUGUCGCAGGACGGUGGAGCCCGCCCGAAAGUGAAGCCAGACGCUGGUGGGGGUGGCGGGCGGCACAGCGGUCGCUGGAAGGCUAGAGUGGAGAGGCACAGCCAGCCGCCGUCGCUGGAGGAGCCGAGCGGGGCAGGCGGGAGCCCAGCAGGUGCAGAGCCCAGCAAAGCGACGGGUCGUUCCUUACGGCAGAAGUUGCAGGCGGCUGUGGGCCAGUGCUUCCCCAUCAAGAGCGUCCCGCGCUCGCCCGACCUCUCUUCCCAACGCAAGAUCCACCUCCGGGAGCUGAUGCUGGACACUUGCCCCUUCCCGCCAGGCUCGGAUCUGGCCCGCACAUGGAAUCUCAUCAAGCAGCACACGGCGCCUGUCUCGGAGCACGAGGCCUUGGCCCCGCCUCCCCCAGAAGACGAAGACGACCGCCUGCGGGAGCGCCGCCGGAUCAGCAUCGAGCAAGGGGUGGAGCCACCCCCAGAUGCUUUAAUCCACACUUUCGAGGUCACUGCUCAGAUCAAUCCCCUCUACAAGCUGGGGCCCAAGCUUGCGCAUGGGAUGAACGAGCUGGCCGGGCCCGGCCGGGCCCUGUUGGCAACUGCGGAUGAAGGUGAGGAGGACGAGGAGGAGGACGAAGACGAAGAGGAGGCCUCCGCCGUGCUGCCGGACAUCAGGGAGGGGUUACGGGUCCACACACAGAUAGACUACAUUCACUGCCUGGUGCCGGACCUCUUGCAGCUGACGCAGCUGCCCUGCUACUGGGGCGUGAUGGACCGCUAUGAGGCCGAGGCCUUGCUGGAGGGCAAGCCGGAAGGCACCUUCCUCCUGCGGGACUCUGCCCAGGAGGACUACCUCUUCUCCGUGAGCUUCCGGCGGUACGGACGCUCCCUCCACGCCCGCAUCGAGCAGUGGAACCACAACUUCAGCUUCGACGUGCACGACCCAAGUGUCUUCCACGCGCCCACUGUGACGGGGCUGCUGGAGCACUACAAGGACCCCAGCGUCUGCAUGUUCUUUGAGCCCCUGCUCUCCAUCCCAGUCAACCGCACUUUCCCCUUUGGCCUGCAGCACCUCUGCCGGGCCGUGGUGACCUGCUGCACCACUUACGAUGGCAUUGGGCACCUGCCCAUCCCCAGCGCCCUGAAGGAGUACCUCAAAGAGUACCACUAUAAGCAAAGGGUGAGAGUCCGGCACCUGGACACCUGGUGGAGCUGACCCGGGACCUUUGCCCCGAUCACCAACUGCCAGCCCCCAAGCUCCUGGUCUCUUUCCUGGCAUGCCCGGGGGCUUUCCCACCCCCCCAUUUCUCCAGGGUUGUGAACCUGUGCGUCCCUAAGCACCGGCUCUGAUUCCAGAUGCAGAAUCGUGUCUCAUGUGGCUCUCCAGGGCUGCUGAGCACACUUGAAGCCUUUGUCACCAGAAGGGGAGCCAAAAGCGUCUGGAGAGAGGACGGUUCAAGCCAGGUGGGCAGGCGGCUGGAGCCCGCACAAGCCCCAGGGCACGCCCCAGCUGCCUCUGCGCCAUCCUGAAGGAGCCCAGCGCCUGUCCCUGGGUUAGGCCAGACACUCACCAUCCCCACCCAUCCCUCCGCAGUAUUAUUGAUGCAGGCUGCAGCAGCAGCUUGGGGCAGGCAUUCUCCACAGGCCUUCCACCCCCAAGUCUGGUUUUCUCCACAUUGCAUGAUCCCUUGGGCCUCACAGACUCAUUUCCAUUCCCAAGGUCACACCAGAGCCUGAUGGGCCGGCAGGCUGCCAUUGUGGGCACCGGGAACAAAAAGCACAACGAUGCAGGGCGGGGGGGUGGAGGAGAGGAGGCAGUGUUGGCUUCCAAGUCAUGAACACACACAAACGUUUGGGGAAUGAGGAUUCAGAACUCUGUCCUCUGGACCUCCGUUUCCUUGCCUCCUCCCCACAGACCCUUUGCUACUGCUUGGUGAGGGCGAACACACUGGUCUUAUUUAGAUGGCCCUGCUGAUGAGAGCAAGUUGCCACAGCGGGGUCUUUGGGUGGGUGGGCUUUAGCACUAUCUUCCUCCUCCCCCAGUUACUACUGCCAGGAGACUUUCUCAGUAAUUUGCUGCUGCUCUCUGUGUGUGUGUGUGUGUGAUUAAAGAGCAACCUUUUUUGGUGUGUAUCUAAAAA